AUGUCCUCAAAUGAAAGGCCCCAGCAUCUUGAGCCGUCAAAGCUUGGCACAAAACAAUACUGGGAUGACCUUUACACGAAUGAGAUAACAAACCACGCUGCUGAUCCCUCCGACAUAGGAACUGUUUGGUUUGACGAUUCAGAUGCUGAAGCAAAGAUCCUCGAGUUCCUAGACGGUCUGCUUGACCCCUCUGACCCGGACUCACCUGUCCUCUCCCACGACACCACCACCUUUCUCGACCUUGGCUGCGGCAACGGUUCUCUUCUAUUCUCCCUCCGCCAAGAGGAUUGGUCUGCACGAGCUCUUGGUGUGGACUACAGCCCCCAAAGCAUUGCACUUGCGCGACAAAUUACCACCACAAAAGACGACCUUGAGAAGCCUGUCGAGUUCGAAGAGUGGGAUCUUAUAGCUGGACCAUACAGCCCUGUCCUUAACGGCGAGCAGACCGAGGGCUGGGAUGUGGUACUGGACAAGGGCACCUUCGAUGCCAUCUCUCUGAGCGACGAGAAAGAUGCUCAAGGACGACGGCUAUGCGAAUGUUAUCGAGAGCGAGUCCUGCCCCUUGUUCGCAAGGGUGGCAUCUUCUUGGUGACAAGCUGCAACUGGACCGAGACGGAGCUGAGAGGCUGGUUCGAAAAGACCAGCGAAGAAGGGUUUCAAGUCGUUGGCAGAGUUGAAUAUCGUUCCUUCAGCUUUGGAGGCCAUAAAGGCCAAACAAUCAGCACACUCUGCUUCCGCAGAGUAUAG